UAUAUUAUUUAUUAUCAUUGUCAAAAAAAGUCAUUAAUCGUUAGAAACGAUAUUUACUAUUUAGUCAUAAAAUUAAUAAUUAUUUAAUUGAAAUUUAUAUUCAAUUUACAAUUUAAUAUUCAUAUCUUAAUUGUUUUUAUUUAAAAUUGACUUUGGUCAAUGUGAAAAUUAGUAACAUUGAUGUAGAAUGUGAUUUAAUUUUCUACUAGUUCAAGUGACUGGCUGGGUACUGGUACUGGUUUUUGACAUUUGAAUGUAUAUCAGUGAAAAAUACCAUAGUAAAAAUUGUAAUUAUAUACUCUCUCGUCUUGAUGCCUUACUUGUUUGACUAAAUUUAAUAAUACAAAAUUUAAACAUAUCUAUUCACAAAAUGGAUAAGACCAACAUUAAACAACAGUUGAAACUUGCAAAAGAAGAAUUUAUGAGAAAAAACUUUUCUGAUGCAGCAAAACUGUGCAAAACUAUUUUAAAGACUGAUCCACAAAAUAUUUCUGGUUUGAUUCUUUAUGGCGCAAGUCUCCUAGAAAUGCCAUCUAAAAAAGAUGAAUCUAUUGAACAGUUCCAAAAAGUCAUUGACAUUUCUCCUAAUAAUUUAUUUGCCUGGCAAGGCAUUGAGCAAUAUUACGAAAAAUGUGAUAAGCUUACAGUUUCUCAACAGUUAUUUUAUACAUAUGCUAAUUUAUUGAGUUUAGAAACUGAUGAGACCAAAUGUAAGACACGUGCUAAAAAAUGUAUUGAACUUUGGAAAAAUUAUAAAUCAAAGCUGGAUUUAGAAAUUUUUGUAUCAACAGUCUUACCAAAAAUUAAAAACGAAGUAAUAACACCACAAUACUUGGCCAUAUGUAGAGUUUUAGUAGAGUUUCCAUUCACAGAAGAUACUUCUCCUUUAGAUGAACAUUUAGAAAAUAUUUAUCUAGCAUUAUGUGAAGACGAUAGUUUUGAUCAAAGAUUUGAAAUUUAUUGUAAACUUAUUCCUGUAUUAAAGUCUAAAGGAAAAAGGCAACAACUUGUAGAUACAUGUGAAAAAAUGUUAUCUAUUUAUAAUAAUAAUGCUAUUGCAAUAAAUUUUUACUGUGAAUCAUUCAUCAGCAAUUAUAUUAAAACUAUAAUUGAACCUGAAGAUAAUAUUCUAAAAUUAAUUGACAAAAUGAGUUCAUUAAUUAUGGAAAGAUGUGAAAUAUUAUUAUCGGCACAACCAACAAAUCCAAAUUCAUUAAUAGCUAAAAGUAUUGCUUUGAGAAGAUUAAACGAAUUUGAAGAAAGUCGUAAAUUAUUACGAAAAGUUCUCCAAGUUACCAGUCGUUCAUGGCAAUCGUGGUUUUUAUUAACAGAAAUCCAGAUAAAUAUUCAUUGCUAUGAUGAUGUAAUACGAUGUGUUCAACAAGCAAAAAAAAUUUUGAAACCAACAUUUUCCUGUUAUCAGACUAUGCUUAUUUGGGAAAUUGAAGCUUAUUGUUGUUCUCGGCAGUGCUGUUCUAUACAAGGGCGUCAGUUAGCUAUUGAUAUGUUAAACGAUAAUUUUAACAAUAAACUAAUUGAAUACAUUAUUAUAGCUAGUUGUAAUCUAAAUGAUCAAAAGACUGCAAAAAACUAUUUAAACACAUUACAGAAUAAAUGUGAUAGAAAUGAUCGCUUUAUCUUUUUAGAAUCAUUAUAUUUUACUGAAUUUGGUCAAUUAGAUGAUGCUUUACACUCUUUAAAAAAUAUUUGUAAUUUAUCAGCUGAUGCAGAUGCAUUGCUACUAUUUGGUAAUGUAUUAUGGAAACAAGGACAAUUUUCUGAAGCUGGAAAAUUAUACUUGGAAGCUUCUCGGAUUUCUCCCUAUAGAUGUGACUUAAUUACAAAGUUAGGACAUUAUUACAGAGAAAUUAAACAUUUACCUGUUGCCAUGACUUGUUAUGAAAAAUCUGUGGUCCUGAAUCCUGAUGAUGAAGAAAAUGGUCUCGCCUUGUCAGAUAUAUACCUUACAUUAUCAAAGUCAAAAGAACAAGAAGCAUUGUUGGAAUAUCUGAAAACAUCAAAAAAUGUGAAGUGGGCUUCUUUAAGAUUAGGUCUUCACUAUUUAAGAUUAGACAAAUACGAAGAUGCUGUUGAUAAUUUUCAAAUUGCUACUAAACAUGAUCCAAAUAAUGCAAACUAUUAUGAAUGUCUAGGCGAUGCUCUUUUAGGACGUGAGUCGCUCAUUGGAGCAAAACUUACAUACUCUAAAUGUAUAGAAAUUGAUCCUUCUCUUUUGUAUCCAAAAUUACAAAUAGCUAAAAUUGAAUUUCGUAUUGGUCAAGUGGAUACUAGUAUUCAAUUAUUUUACAAAAUUGUCAACUCUUAUUCUAAAGAUUUUAUUGCAUUAUUCGAUACAGCAAAAAUGUUUAUUGAACAUGCCAAAUCAAUUUUUGUUUGUCAAGUACAUGCGAGUUAUGAUUUAUGCAAAAAUGCUUGUGAAUAUUUGUACAAAGCAUUACUAAUUGAUAACCGAUAUGCACUACUUUGGAAAUUGUUUGGAGAUUUAUGUUUGUUUAUGACAGCGAUGCCCGAAGAAUUAUCUUUUAUAUAUUUACCAUCUAAUAUAUUUAACAUGACUCAAGAAAAUUAUGAAGUGAAAGGCUUACAACUGUAUACUUAUUCUAGAAGAUGCUAUUCACAAGCAUUAAAUAUAACAUCUAAAAAAUUGCAUUUAAAUCCUGCACAAAAAUAUAUUUGGUACGAUUUAGCCAAAUGUUAUUUGACAAAUGCAUUGAACACAGAUAUUGAUAAAAACGAACGAUUAGAAUUUAAAUCCAAGGCAGAGCUAGCUAUUAAAAAAUGUUUAUCAUUAGAUCCAAAAAACAAAGACUUUUGGAACACUAUGGGAAUAAUUGAGGCUAUUGACGAGAUCAAAAAUGAACAUUUGAGUUAUAAUUGUUUCGUUAAGUCUCUGGAAAUUGAAAUAAAUGCAAUUGCUUAUAAUAACUUAGCCAUUAAAUGUAUGAUUCACAAUGAUGUAAAUCUUGCUCAGGAAGCAUUUACAUUGAGUCAACAUAUCGAUCCAACACUUAUAAAUAGUUGGGUUGGGCAAGGUUUACUGACUAGAUUUGAAAAUCCUAUAAAAUCUUUUGAUUUAUUUUAUCAUUCAACUACAUUAGGAUUUCAUGAAGAGAGUGUUUAUUAUUUUACUGAAGCAAACAUAAAACAUAUUAAUGCUGAUACAGAAGUAUUGAUACCAACUCGUCAAAUUCAUCAGAAUAUUGAUUUACUUGUUUGGCUUACAUCUAUAAAUCCUAAGAAUUAUUGGGCACAAAAUGCACUGUCCAUAUUGUACAGAUACUCUGGUAUGUAUAAAAAUGCUAUCAGGGCUGCUAAAUAUGCUGAACAAUAUUGUACACCUGAAACACAAAUAUACAUGCAAAGAAACAUGGCUUUUAGUCUUCUUAAAGGAAAAUGUUAUCAAGAAGCUAUAAUAAAAUAUCAACAAAUGAACUCAAUUAAUUUAUAUGAUAAGUUUGGAAUGGCAUUAGCACUUUAUAAGACUGGUCAGUAUCAAGAAGCAUAUGUUACUUAUGAAUCAUUGACUGAAAAUAAAUCUGAUAUGAAUAUUGUGUCAACUGCUUUUCUUGCUAUGGCUGCAAUAGCUUUUAGUAAUUAUGAAGACUAUGAUAAAGCCACGACAUUGUUCUUGAAGAGUAUACAAAGUAAUACGGCUAAUAUCCAGGCACUGUUGGCAACAUUUGCACUGGGUAUUGUAACACGUAAAAGUAGUCUAUCUAGAACUAUCUUACAAGAAUUGAUAUCGCAUAAGAGUGAUCCUAUAUUUUUGAAAGAUAUUAUUCGAUUUGAAACAUAUUUCUAUUACUUGAACCGUCAACCAAAUAUAUCAUUGAAAUUAAUCAGCCGUUGUAUUCAUAUUUAUCCUGAUAACGCUCAUCUAUGGGUUAACUUGGGUUUCAUAUUAUUGAAUUACUAUAUAGCCAAUGAGUCCAAACGUAAAAGAGGACUAGGUUCUCAUAUUUUUACAUGCGCCACAGUUAUCAGUCAUAAAACUUGGGAACUUAAAAAUGCAUUAGUUCUGACUACCAUUUGCAACUUGUUUGAAGGAGAAUUGAAAACAUGCCUACGAAAUGUUUUAAAGGGAAUUCAUUUAUACCCCACGUCAUAUGAACUUUGGACAGUUUUAUUGAAUGCCAUAUACUGUCGGGGUAAUAUUGAAGAUGCAAAGUUCAUAAAAAGUCAUAUUAAUUUUGUUGUAAACAAUUUAAAUCCUAAUGAAAUUUUAAAAUGUAAUCUUUUAAAACUAGAAACUCAUAUUCCAUAACAUUGAUAUCAUAUUAUGUAAAUUUAGUGUAUUAGUUAUUUAUACCUAACUAUAAUUACAAUAUUUAAUAUUUUAACAUAAUACUAUUUAUAAUUAUU